AUGUCUCUCCUUCAAUAUCCCCCACCGGUGGAUUAUAGCGCACAGCUUACUGGCUUCAAGGAUUUCUUGAAGGGUUUUAAAACCUUCCAAUCGUCCUCGGAAGCAGCGGCGACCGAAGCUUUGGAGGAUUUGAACAUUGAUGAAGGCCGGACCAGUGAUGAAUAUGACUUCAUGGAUGAUGUCGAUGAUGAGGGAGCAAACACCAGAGGAGCAAGGAGGCGCCGGGAGCCGAAGCUCAAGUACAUGCAGGUUCUGCAAGAUAUCGCAAAUCGCGAUAAGUCUCAUAUCCUGAUCGAGUUGGAUGACCUUGCCACCUUCGAGAAAUCCUUGCCCGAGGGAGAAGAUCUCAAGCUCGUCGAAUCUAUCGAAAAGAAUGCACGGCGGUAUAUCGAUGUUGUCUCCCAGGCAGUGGACUCGAUUAUGCCCAAGGAAACGAAGGAUAUCACAUACAAGGAUGACGUGCUGGAUGUGAUCAUGUCUCAGCGCGAGAAGCGCAACGAUGCUAUGGAAACCGCAAUGGAGGCUGACAUGGAGGCCGCUGCUACUGCUCCAUCCAUGUUCCCCGCAGAACUCACUCGCAGAUAUACCCUUAACUUCAAGCCCAUCACGCCUUCAGGGUCCAGCACCGAGCGCAACUCCAAGGCCCUCGCCGUCCGAAGCGUGCGUGGUGAGCACCUCGGUAGCUUGAUUACGGUUCGUGGUAUUACAACCCGUGUCUCGGAUGUCAAGCCAGCUGUCCAGAUCAAUGCCUAUACUUGCGAUCGCUGCGGUUGUGAAGUUUUCCAGCCCAUCACCACCAAGCAAUUCAUGCCUUUGUCCGAGUGUCUGUCGGAAGAGUGCAAAAAGAACAACUCCAAGGGCCAGCUCUUCUUGUCAACCCGUGCGUCGAAGUUCGUACCCUUCCAGGAGGUCAAGAUCCAGGAAAUGGCCGACCAGGUGCCUGUGGGUCACAUUCCUCGCACUCUGACCAUCCACUGCCACGGCGCCCUCACCCGUCAGCUGAACCCAGGUGACGUUAUCGAUGUUGCAGGCAUCUUUUUGCCCACACCUUACACCGGUUUCCGUGCCAUCCGUGCUGGACUUUUAACCGACACCUACCUUGAGGCUCAGCAUAUCACUCAACACAAGAAGUCCUACAACGAUAUGGGCAUGGACAGCAAUACUCUGCGCAAGAUUGAACAGCACCAACGUUCCGGUAACAUGUACGAGUACCUCUCACGGUCGAUCGCUCCCGAAAUUUAUGGACAUCUCGAUGUCAAGAAAGCAUUGCUCUUGCUCUUGAUUGGCGGUGUUACGAAAGAAAUGGGUGAUGGUAUGCACAUCCGUGGUGACAUCAACAUUUGCUUGAUGGGUGACCCCGGUGUGGCCAAAUCUCAGCUUCUUCGAUACAUCACCAAGGUUGCUCCUCGUGGCGUGUACACCACUGGACGAGGAAGCAGUGGCGUCGGUCUUACUGCUGCAGUUAUGAGGGAUCCGGUAACUGACGAGAUGGUGCUGGAGGGAGGUGCACUUGUUCUGGCUGACAACGGUAUCUGCUGUAUUGAUGAGUUCGACAAGAUGGAGGACUCGGACCGUACUGCCAUUCACGAAGUGAUGGAACAGCAGACCAUCUCAAUCUCCAAGGCCGGUAUUUCUACGACUCUCAACGCACGUACUUCUAUCCUGGCAGCGGCCAACCCGCUGUAUGGACGCUACAACCCCCGUGUGUCACCCGUUGAGAACAUCAACUUGCCCGCCGCUUUGCUCUCUCGUUUCGAUGUGAUGUUCCUGCUUUUGGACACCCCCUCCCGUGAAGGCGAUGAAGAACUCGCCAACCACGUUACCUACGUUCACAUGCACAACAAGCACCCGGAGAAUGAAGAAGCAGGUGUGAUGUUCACCCCCCACGAGGUCCGUCAAUACAUUGCCAAGGCACGCACAUACCGCCCUACUGUUCCCAGCAGUGUUUCCGACUACAUGGUUGGUGCGUACGUGGCCAUGCGCAAGAGACAGAAGAUCGAUGAGUCCAAGCAGCGCCAGUUCUCCCACGUCACCCCCCGUACCUUGCUUGGUAUUGUCCGUCUGUCCCAGGCCCUAGCUCGCCUUCGAUUCAGCCAUGAGGUUGUUCGCGAGGAUGUUGACGAGGCUCUGCGUCUUAUUGAAGUCAGCAAGGCUUCUCUGUACAACGAUGGCGAGCAUGGCGCCGACAACACUCCCUCUAGCAAGAUCUACAACUUGAUCCGCAGCAUGAAGGAGAGUGGUGCCGCUGCCGUCGGAGAUGGCGAGGAGGGUGAGAUGAGCAUGAGACGUAUUCGUGAGCGUGUCUUGGCCCGAGGCUUCACUGAAGAUAACCUCACCAUGACUAUUGAUGAAUAUGCUGAAAUGAACCUUUGGCAAGUCACUGGCAACGGCACCCGUCUACUCUUUACUGAGGUUGACGGUGAUAUGGACAUGUAA